AUGAAUUUCUUGGUGUUACUCCUUUUUAUAGAGAACAUUUUUGGCCUGGGACAUAUUUCAUAUCCUGGUGUGGGUUGGAGAACUCUAAACUUUGCCGAGCCAGUAGAAAAAAGGAGGUUGAAUGGAAGUGUGAUUAAAGAUGAAGAAGUAGAAUCAGAAUUGGCUUGUCAAUUUAAAUGUGUAGGAGAACAUCGUUGUCAAUCUUACAACUUUGGACCUUCAGAGACCAGCCUGACGAAGCAUUUGUGUCAACUGAGCAACUCUGAUCGAUUUGUUGAUCGUGAGAACUUCAUGGAAGAUGCAAAUUUCAAGUACGGAGGAUUUCAG